AUGUGUGUCAUGUAUAUCAGCAGCUCAGCAGCUAAACUUCAACAUUUACCACUUGUUUAAAGUUUAAAUGAUAGACUGACAUUUUCUUCAAAGCUUAGGUUUACAAUCCUUGAAAAUCGAUUCAUAAUAUGAGUGAUGCGAAAAUAAUAUUAGUCAAGUACCUUUAAAUUAAUUCAACGAUUAAUUCAUGCCUCAAGAGAGUCAUAUUAUUGUUUUUAGUAAAAUGGAGGAUGUAAGUGAUUUGUCAGGGGAGGUUACAGUAGUGGAUGUGUAUGAUAUUGCAUCUGAUAUUGGAAAGGAAUGUGAAAAAAUCAUAGAUCAGCAUGGGGCUGAUGCCAUGACUGCUUUAAUGCCUAAAGUAAUAAAUGCAUUGGAACUUUUGGAAAACCUUGCUACAAGAAAUGAAAGAGAAAAUAUGUUGUUGCAUGAACUACAGGCUAAAAUAUCUCAGUUAGAAAAUGACAAACUCGAAAAGGCUGAAAUACAGAAAGAAGUUUGAAAAGGAGUUGGAAAUCAUCGAAGAACAAUGGCGAUCUGAAACCAAGGAAUUGGUUUCUAUGGUUUCCAAAUUACAAGAAGAAAAUCGACGUCUUGUCAAGGAACAUAGUCCAAAUCAUACACCAGCAAAUUUAACCCCUACUACAGAAAAUGAUAUUUUGCAAAGGUUAAAGGAUUCUGUCGAAAAGCAGAGAGACGAAAUUAGGUUUAAAGAAAAAUUAUUACAAGAAAAAAACCUUGAUGUAGAUAAUUUAAAGACGCAAGUUGAAAAAUUGACCAGUUCCAGUAAAGAGCUACGAAGAAAACAUAAAUCAAUGCAAAAUCAAGUGAGGACGCUUUGUGAUGAAAGGGCGGACUUCCUUGUGCAAUUACAGGACCAACAGAGGGACAUAUCAGCACUUAGGCAAAGAUUAGGACUUGCACAAAAAGAAAACGAAGAUCUGGUAAAGAGUGAUGUGCCAAUACCGAGCAAUAUGGCGAUGUUCGAUUUAGACGACCCAAAUAGACCAAGAUUUACAACGCAAGAAUUGAAAGAUAUUUUACAUGAACGCAACGAACUUAAAGCUAAAGUUAGUGAUUUAGAGGAUGAAUUGGAAACAUAUCGACCAAAGAAAAAAGAGGAAACGUAGGUUAUAUAAAAAUUAAUAGGAUACUAAUGUCUAGACUGUGUUUUAACACUAUUUAUUUCUAUUAUUUUGUUACUAACAAAUAAAUCCAAAGAAUUUAUGA